CGGCAGCCAGCCCACUUUAUUAUUAUUAUUGCCUUGUUACGGUGCUGUGUUGUGCGUUGUUAUACAACUGUAUGCUAUUGUAUUUUGUGCUCAUACGCUUUGUGUUUGCUGUUGAUUUUGUUGUAUUCGUUAGUAUUCGUGAGUUAAAAUCGUACUGCAUAGCUGGCCAAAACAAAUGUAUAUGUGCUCAUUCAUGCUUAUGGACGAAGAGAACAGUUUAUUUCACUGAGAGUUGGUUGAAUUAAAUUUUGUGUGCUCUUUCCGGUAAGAAAAUUUGAGCAUAAUUUUGCGCUCCUUAUUGAAAUUGGUAUGUGUGAGUGAAUCUCUUUGGUGGGUUUUUGUUGGGAAUAUAUAGAUGUGUGUGUGAAAUUUUUGUAGUUGUUUUUGUUUUUUUUCUUGUUUACUACAUUGAUUCUCCGUUGCAUGUAGUACACUCCUUAUUUGCUGUUUGGUAGUUGUUAAUAAAGCUGCUGCUACUGCUGCUGUUGGUGUGUUGAGUUGUGUGUUGUGUUGUAUGUAAUUCCCAUUUGUUGUACAUUUUGUAGUUGCUCAUGAAAACUCAUGUUAGUCUACUUUUGACUGUUACGCAGAUUGUUCGUAUUAUUCGUGCCGUUCGCUCGCUUAACAUUCUGUUGCUGUUGGAAUAAAAGUUCGUGUACGUUUUAUUGUGAACUAUACUAUUCAAUCGAACAAUAAAAAUUCUGGAUUAUCAAAAACAAGACUUACGCUAAACGGUAGUUGAACAAGUUUUCUUAAGCCCGGUGCAAGUUUGAAACAUUCUUAAUUAAUUAUAUAUUGAUUUUUUUUACACUUUACAUUUUAAAAUCAAAACAAAUAAGCGACGGUAUUUUAAUAUUUUGAUAUUACAAGUGCAUAAAAGUGACUGCAUAAAAAGUUAAUUAUACGAAAAUAACUUUUUAAUGCUUAAAUUAUUUUUAAUAAAAUAAAUAAAAAUUUUUUGAAAAAUAUUUAUUAUUGACAGGAACAAAUGUCAAUGAGUUAACAGUUUAAUUAAAGCCGCGAAUUGCUCAAAAGCCAGUGAAAACCAAAACAAAAAAAAAAUUUUUUUAAAUUUAUUAAUUAAACAAUUAUUUUGUAUACCAAAGCUUGGAAAUUUAUGUUCUUCCUACAAAUUUGUUAAAUGACAGUGCACAGUAAUGACAUUGGUGUGUGUUUAGUGAUGAACGCCGUUUCUACUCGACCAACUGCAUCGCCUACAACACAAGCAUCACAUCAUCACCAUCAUCAACAACUUCCUACAAAUCUUAGCACAGUCAACGCACAACCUACUUUAACUGCCUCCGUAGCGACUGCUGUAGCCGCCGCCGCUGCCGCCGCAGCAGCAGCAGCUGUUGUCGCCGUGCCGUCAACAAAUACACCCAACACACCUACAGCACAUCAUUCAAGUAUGGCAGUUACAUCGACAGUACCGCCUGGUGCACGUUCAGUAUCGCCUUGCUCUGCAGCCGCCACACCUUAUGGAAGUAGCAGUAUACCUGGUAGUGCGGGUUUAUCUUCAAGUGGGCCAGGUAGUGGAGCUGCUACUGGUCCACCAGGUCCACCACCAGUUAUGGUACCAGGUGCGCCCGGUCUACCACCAAGUGGGCCACCUUCUGCAAAUCGUUGCUGUGAUACUGGACGUACUAUAUAUACAGAUCCUGUUAGUGGGCAAACGUUAUGCUCAUGUCAGUAUGAUAUGUUAAGCUAUCAACGUCUGGCAGCCGCUGGCGGCUUAGUGCCCGGACCUGGUGGUGUACCACUCAGUGUUUACCCUGAAGGUAUGUCAGCGUAUUUAUCUGGUAUGGCCGCAGAUCAACCACCAUUUUAUGCAAAUCCGGCUGGCUUGGAUUUAAAAGAGAAUUUAAUGGCUGGUGGUGCACCUUGGCCAUACACAUAUCAUCCUUACGAUGCUGCCUUUGCUGGUUAUCCAUUUAAUAGUUAUGGCAUGGAUUUGAAUGGUGCAAGACGUAAGAAUGCCACCCGUGAAACGACUUCAACGCUUAAAGCAUGGCUAAAUGAACACAAAAAGAAUCCCUACCCCACAAAGGGGGAGAAAAUUAUGUUGGCAAUCAUAACGAAAAUGACACUGACGCAGGUGUCGACAUGGUUCGCAAAUGCGAGAAGAAGACUGAAAAAAGAGAAUAAAAUGACAUGGGAACCAAGAAAUCGUGUUGAUGACGAUGACGCGAAUAUAGACGACGAUGAUCAUAAAAGUACUGAUGAUAAUGAUUUAUUGGAUGCUAAAGAUUCGGGUCUGGGCUCCACUGACGAUAAGGACCGUUCUGGACGACUUGGUGAUAUGCUUGGCGAUCGACCUGGUGAAAGUAAUAACAGCGAAUGGUCUGGUUCAAGACCAGGUUCACCAAAUGGCUCCCCAGAUUUAUACGAUCGUCCCGGCAUGCCUGGUGGUGGUCAUCCACUCUUUCAUCCCGCCGCUUUGCAUCAUCACUUUCGCCCACCUGCUGGUUCACCACCCGAUAUUGCUGCUUACCAUCAUCACCAACAACAGUUACUACAACAACAUCAACAAGCGCAACAAAAUUCCCUGCAUUCAGCUGGUGUCAGUACCACUGCAAGUUUGGCAACUAAACCUCGCAUCUGGUCUCUGGCUGAUAUGGCAUCCAAAGAUGGUAAGGAUACAAUUAAGGAUAGUCCCCCUGGUAGUGAUUUGCCACCUACACAUCCUGCACUUUACGGUCAUCCUGGUCAGCAUAAUACACCAGGCAAAAUUUUAUCACCUCUAGCAGCACGCAUACCAAAUUAUUCACCAUAUGUGCGUCCCGAUUUAUAUCGUAGCUUUUAUGGUCCCUCUGCAGCAGCACAUUUAGGAGGUCCCUCACAAGAAUUUCUAGAACACCAAAGAACUUUCGGUGCUAGCCUAGCAGCACAUAAUGGUCUUAGCAUGAAUCCGUUACUGUGGAAAGCGGCUGUUACAGGCGCAGCAGCCGGACCACACUUUGCACCAUUAAGUCUUACAACGAACAAUCAUCCGCAACAGAUAGCACCACCUGCUGGUGCUUCACCAUCAGCAUCCAGUACUUCGUCAUCAAUUGGUUGUGAUGUUGUGCAAACGCCCACUAGUACAGCACAGCCACCCAUGCAUCAUUUAGGACCGAUAUCAGGUAAUUCCACCUCCUCAUCUACUUCAUCGAAUUCAGGAAAAUUAUCUCCUGGUAUCAAUGUGACGUCGUUAAGUGGUAAACCAUGACAUUCAUCGCCUACACCACCUUCGCCUACUGCACACAAUAUCAAUGCGGCAACAGCAGCAACAAAUUCAUCACCAAUUUCGGCCUUUCGUUCGCUCAUUGCAUUUCGCGAACAGCAUUUGCAACAGCAAGCACCAAAGCUAACGUUGAGGCCAUAAGCCCACUGCAGUUUGUCAUUACAAAUGUGUGCAGCAAACGUACGUAAGUGUUUAAAUGUGUAGAAGUGUGGAUGAAAUUCUAGAAGUGUGCUAUAAGGCGAAAAUUAAUAUAAAGAAAUUUCGGACAAUAAUUUAAAUGUGAUUUUAUAAUUUUAAAACAAAAAAAAAUUUUAUUUAAAAAAAUCUGCGUAAUUUAUUACACCAAAAAUAGGAGUAAAAUUGAUUUUAUGUUUUAAAGUUGUUGGCAAUCUCAUGUCAACGCAAACAUAAAAAUUGAGGCACAGCAGGCACAGUGAAGUCUUCUUCGUUUUUGAAGGGCAAAAGCAGCUAUUUAACAACAUUUUAUUGUAAAUAAAUUUGGAUUUAAAAUUAUAUAAAUAUAAAUAA